GAGUAUGAAUUUUCAAAUCCAUAUUAUUGAAAUGAUUAGCAAAGUAUUCAAUAUUAAAUAAAUGAAUAAAUGUGAAUUCAAUUUAAAUGUAAAAUAAAUUAUAGUUAUUAUAAAACAAUGUUCAUUCAAGAUUUGCGCCAAGAAUUUUAUAAUGUUCUAAUGGGCAAAAGGAUAUUAAUAAUAGUAAAUUAUGAUAUCGAUGCAAUAUGUGCCAGUAAAAUCUUACAAUCCUUAUUCAAAUAUGAUCAUAUGGUGUAUUCGAUGGUACCAAUUAUGGGUAUAGCUGGAUUAAAGAGAGCAUUUGAAGAAAAUCGUGAAGAUGUCAAAUAUGUUAUUUUGAUCAAUUGUGGUGGUUGCAUUGAUCUAGUUGAACUUUUGCAACCCGAUGAAGAUGUAAUUUUUUUUGUUUGUGAUUCUCAUCGUCCAUUAGAUGUUUGUAAUAUUUACAGUGAUAGACAGGUUUGUAUGUUAACUAGUCAAAAUCCAGAAGAAAAAAUUCCUGAAUUUGACUCAAUUUUUCGGGAAUCUGAUGAUGAAAGUGAAAAUGAAGAAGAUGAAGACUCAGAGAAUGAAAACUUAGAUUUUGCUCAAAGACAUGAGAAACGAAUAAUAAAACAACGUGAAAAACGGUCCUGGGAACAGGAACGUGAUCGUAUUAUGUUUGAUUACACGCAAUAUAGUUAUUAUGGUAGAAGUUCAUCAAUGACUAUAUUUGAAUUGGCUUGGAAACUUUCUAAGGAUUCUAUUGAGUUUUUAUGGUGGGCUAUUGUGGGAACUACUGAACAAUUAGUUCUUGGUAAAAUUGAAAGCUCAACUUAUACUCUUGAGUUAGAUAAUAUGCAAAGUCACGUGUCUAGAUUAGCAAAUAAAACAAAUGAUAUAAAUAAUCAAAGUGCCCAAAAAAUUUCAUUUGAAAAUGAUUUGCAUUUAGCACUCUAUCGACAUUGGAGUGUACACGAAUCUAUGAGAUAUUCAAUGUAUUGUGCUUGCAAGUUAAAAUUAUGGACACUGCGGGGUGAAAAACGUCUACAGGAACUUUUUGUUGAAAUGGGUUUGCCAUUAAUACAAGCUAAACAAACAUUUUCUUCAAUGGAUAUGAUUUUAAGACAAGAAUUUUAUCAAAUGAUCGAAAAAUUGGCUGAAAAAUAUGAUAUUCCUGAAAUUACUUACGGAUCAUUCACAUUGCAUUUUGGUUACAGAAAUAAAUUUUCUGCCGCCGAUUAUGUUUAUGCUAUGUUAGCUAUUUUAGAAUCUGUAAAGAAAGAUAAAACGCCAGAAGAUUGCUUUUUAGAAGCUUUAGAUAGUUUACCAAAAAAUAAUAAGGAUAUAUUAACUGAUGGGAUAGAUUCUGCAAAACUAUUACUAUCAGCCAUAUUUAGGCAAGUUCAAAGUAGUCUAGAAAUGCAUCAAAUACAUUCGGCAGGACCGUUUUUAUAUUAUAUAUUAACUGAAGAGAAUCCAUAUUUUUCUUAUCCAUAUGGUUUAACGUUUUUAGCAAAAUUUAUAUUAAAUGGUUAUUGUACAACGUCAAGAAAUCGACGUGCUUCUGAUUUACCUUUAGUAGCAAGUUGUCCCAUAGAUGUUGAACAUGGUUUAAAUUUAUUAGUAGGUAUACCGCCUAUAUCAGAAGACUCUCCGAAAAACUUUUUUGGUAAAGCAUUUGAACAGGCAGCACAAAAAAGUAAUUCAUUAAUAUUACAAGAUUUUUUUGAAACAUCUGUUAUACAGAUAAGACAAUCAGAUUUAACAAAAUUUUUAGAUGCUUUGACUGUAUUAUUAAGCUAAUUAUAAGUAAAAAAAAAAAUAUUAGUUUUUAAAUAACAAAACUUAACAAUUUUCAUUCUUAACGAUUUAAACUAAUAUUAUGUAUUUAAGUUAUUUGAUUGUACAAUUUUUUUUUAGAGAUUAUGAGAAAUAAGCUUGAUUUACAAAAUAAUAAAAUGUAAGUUUAUUUUAACAACUAG